AUGGGAGCAAGCACCCCUGAGUGCUUCCAGCUGGGGAGCCAAAAUAAAGGGGACAAAGGGGCUCCAAAGGGGCCGCACAGCACCAAUGGUGCUGGGAACGCCUCCUGGGUGGAGGAGUUCCCUGCCUGCCUGAGCACGUCCUGGUGCGGGGGUGGUGGAUCCUGGCAGCCGGCAGAGGCACCGAUGGAGCAACGAUGGCAGUACCAGUUCCGGGUGAUCAUGCUGGGGGACUCGACUGUGGGGAAAUCCUCGCUGCUCCGGCGCUACACCGAGGGCGUCUUCCUGGAUGCUGUCAACCAGACGGUGGGGGUGGACUUCUACGUCCAAUUCGUGGAGCUGGAGCCGGGGCUGCGAGUGAAGCUGCAGUUCUGGGACACAGCCGGGCAGGAGAGGUUCAGGUCUGUGACUCGCUCCUACUACCGCAACUCAGCCGGGGGGAUGCUGCUCUUCGACCUCACCAACCGCGCGUCCUUUGAGAGCAUCCGGCGAUGGCACCAGGAGGUGACUGACACGAUCCAGCCCUUCCGCAUGGUCUUCCUGCUGGUGGGGCACAAGAGUGACCUGGCUGGGCAGCGCCAGGUGGGCCAGAGGGAGGCGGGGAAGUUGGCGGCCUCGCUGGGUGUCCAGUACGUGGAGACCUCAGCCAAGGAUGCCUCCAAUGUGGUCCAGGCCUUCCAGAUGCUGACAGUGGCCAUUUACCAAGCGCUGCAGACGGGGCGGUUGGUGGCCACUGAGGCUUGGGACGGGGUGAAGAGCAGCGUCCCACUGCCGGUGCUGCCCAAGGCUCAGGGGCUGGAGAAGGAGGAGAAGCAGAAGAGAUGCUUCUGCUAGAAUUGGGGACACUGGCACGUCAGGGACAUGCUGGGCUCAGGAGGGGAAAUGGAUAUGGAGCAGUCAGGCACAGGCAGGAGCAGCACGGCCACAUUAAAUACCCCUGGUCACCCUCUGCCUGCCUGUGUUUUCCUGGGAAAGAGGAAGCGUGUUGGAAGGGUGAAGUCUUCAGGUGGGACUUCACAGGCCUGCAGAGGUCAGCGUCAGCCCCUUCCCCUAUUCUCUCCUGUACUGACUGAGACCCAAAUCAUAAAGCCCUAAAUUCUUUAAGUCUUCCCAAAUAGAAUUAAAAGUGACAAAUUUAUCAUGGAACUCA